UAGUUGACGUGACCCUUCUUCCCAGUCGGAGGGAUUCCGGGACGCGCGGCUUGUUGAGCCACGACUCACGAAGCUCAAGGGUCGAGCCUCCUAGGCUGGACAGCCUGGGAAAAGGAAUUCGACUUUUGUUUUAGCAUUUUCUGUGCAUCUGCUUUAUUCGUAACUCCGGCUUCCCAUUGGAGAUCAGCGUAACUUAAUUUGUUGAUAAAGCCUCUACAGAGAACAGUUACCACACUCAUGGCGGGGAUUUUACGCUCAAUAGUUCAGAGGCCCCCGGGCAGACUACAAACUGUGACAAAAGGUGUGGAGUCUCUCGUUUGUACAGAUUGGAUUCGUCACAAAUUUACCAAGUCAAGAAUUCCAGAUAAAGUGUUUCAGCCUUCACCUGCAGAUCAUGAAAAAUAUGGUGGGGAUCCACAGCACCCUCAUAAACUGCAUAUUGUUACCAGGAUCAAAAGUACAAAAAGACGUCCAUAUUGGGAAAAAGAUAUAAUAAAGAUGCUUGGAUUAGAAAAAGCACACACUCCCCAAGUUCACAAGAACAUCCCUUCAGUGAAUGCCAAACUGAAAGUGGUGAAACAUUUGAUAAGAAUCAAGCCCCUGAGGUUGCCGCAAGGACUUCCAGCAGAGGAGGACAUGGCUCACACGUGCCUGAAGAGCACUGGGGAGUUAGUCGUGCGGUGGCGUCUAAGCCCCGUGGACCAGGACACAACUAGUCCUAAUGCCAGAGUGGUUUCAGAUUAACACGUGCAAAUCCUUUUUAUGUAAAGAUGGUGAGAAAGUGUUCUCAUUAAAAUAUAUUAUAGAUGCCAGUCAUUUUCGCUGAAUAAACACAGUGUGGUUCUUUCUUCCUAUAGUCUUGGCGGUUGUGGUGCCACCUGGGGGACAAUGGCAUCGUUUGAACAUGUAGGUUCCAGUGUCACCUUAGUAAUCACACAGCAGGAUAAAAUUUUCAAGGGUCCAAGUGAUUGAAGCAUAAUCACUCUUUUUAUGUAUAUAUACACAUAUGUCAAAAUCUGUUUUCUGCAUCCAAACUUCUUUUCUCUUAAUUAAUUUUAAGACUGUAGCCAAAUAUUUAAGUUAGUUAAUGAAGAAUCCUUGGAAGUCUGGACAGUUUAUAAAUAAGAAACCGAUACAAGGGUGGCCGGUUAGCUCAGUUGGUUAGAGCGUGGUGCUGGUAGCACCAAGGUUGCCGGUUCGAUCCCCACAUGGGCCACUGUGAGCUGUGCCCUCCUUAAAAAAAAAAGAAAGAAAGAAACAGAUACAAAAUAGUCACUAAAUAAACUUUUUGUCCCUGUUAGAAUGGCAGUCGAUUAACAAAUGUUGAAAAUGCCUUUGAAUAAUUUUGUUUAUGGUUCUUUCUGUCUCAGAAUUAUUAAAAUAAUAUGAAGUAAA